GUGGUCGCGCACUAGUCAAAUUCUUGUGCUAUACAAAUUUUGCUGUUCCGCCAAAGUACAGAGUCAUCUAGAUUUGAUAAAAUGGCAGAAGGCCAAGAAGAACCAAAAAAGAUUACAAUCACAGUAAAAACUCCAAAAGAAAAACAACAAGUAGAUGUCGAGGAAGAUGCGGAUAUUAAAAAACUCAAGGAAGUAUUGUCACCUAAAUUCAAUGCCGAACCAGAGCAACUAUGUCUCAUAUUUGCUGGUAAAAUAAUGAAUGAUGGCGAUACAUUAAAGCAGCAUAACAUCAAAGAUGGGCUAACUGUGCAUCUCGUGAUAAAAACCCCACCGAGACCAGAGCCUGAAGGAGCUACCCGUCGCCCCCCAGCGGAUGUAAGCGCUACUCCAUUUGGUCUAAACUCUUUGGGUGGACUUGCUGGAUUGGAAAGCCUGGGUCUUGGUCAGAGCACUUUUAUGGACAUGCAGUCUCGGAUGCAACAAGAGUUAUUAUCAAACCCUGAAAUGUUGAGGCAUGUUUUAGAUAAUCCAUUGGUUCAGCAAAUGAUGAAUGAUCCUGAAAAUAUGAGGACUCUUAUUACAUCUAAUCCUCAAAUGCAGGAUCUUAUGGCACGAAAUCCAGAGAUAAGUCAUAUGUUGAAUAAUCCUGACCUCCUUCGACAAACUAUGGAGUUGGCACGUAAUCCAGCUAUGCUUCAGGAGUUAAUGAGGUCUCAUGAUAGGGCACUGUCUAAUCUUGAAAGCAUACCAGGUGGCUAUAACGCAUUACAAAGGAUGUAUCGUGAUAUACAAGAGCCUAUGCUAAAUGUUGCUAGCAGCAUGGCAGGAAAUCCAUUCUCAGGCCUAGUUGAUAACUCAGAUGGUACCAACCCUCAACAAGGAGCAGAAAAUCGUCAACCACUACCCAACCCUUGGCAGCGUGGUGGGGGUGCAGCUAGCACAGGGACUACAGGGGCAGGUGCAGCCACAGGCACUGGACCUGGUCUGAUCAACACUCCUGGAAUGCAGUCCUUACUGCAGCAAAUGUCAGAGAACCCUCGCUUAAUGCAAUCCAUGUUGUCUGCACCAUAUACUAAUAGUAUGCUGCAAGCUCUUGCGGCUGACCCAGAAAUGGCUUCACAACUUAUUAAUCAGAAUCCAAUGUUCGCCAAUAAUCCACAACUUCAGGAACAAAUUCGCACGAUGAUGCCUCAGAUGCUGACUCAACUUCAGAACCCAGAAAUGCAACAAAUGAUGUCUAACCCACAGGCCUUAGGUGCUUUGCUGCAAAUCCAGCAGGGUAUGGAGCAGCUACGUGCGGCUGCUCCAAGCUUAGUGAAUAACUUGGGCUUUGGCGCCGCUGCUGCCACAGCUCAGCCACCCGCUACGCCUGCGCCUCCUACAAAUAACCCAGCUCAAGGUCGCCAGCAGCAGAACAGUGAGCUAUUUACCCAGUUUAUGCAACGGAUGAUGUCAUCAAUGUCCAACGACCAGAAUAGUUCCCAGCAGCCACCUGAACAGCGCUACUCACAGCAAUUGGAACAACUUGCCGCUAUGGGAUUUCUCAACCGGGAUGCGAACUUGCAAGCAUUGAUCGCAACAUUCGGCGACGUGAAUGCGGCUGUGGAGAGGCUGCUGGCGCUUGGUCAGCUCUCUAUGAGCUAACAUACUCGUGCAUAAAUUUGACAGAUUUACACCAUAGUCUUGAUACAUAACAUUACAAUACAUUUAUGUCCUGUAAUUAUCAAUAUCGAGGCCAUAGUGUACCCAACGGCUAAUUGAGUUUAAUUAAUAUACUAUCGAAAUAGUUGAUAAAUUUUUACUGUCGUAAUCCAUUCCUUUUCGUUUUAGUUAUUAUCUGUGACAUUUUGGAGUCGACGGUUAAUUCAUUUUUUUUAUAAUAGUCUUAAAUCAUAGGGCGUGAAAAUUUUACAUGAUUACAAGUGCAGAGUACAUGAUUUGUGUGGCCACUAUAAACAACAAAGAUUUGCAGAUUUUAAUAAAAAGGUUUGCUUAUAUUGAAGUAGAAAGAACUGUAUUAUUUUAAUUACAGGCAUGAAUGGUUUAAGAUUAUUAUAUAGAAAUGCCACAUUAUAUUUGUGAACGGCGAAUGUAAAUAGCUUGCUUUGGGUGAGAAAAAGAAAAAUUAUGCAUGCAAUAAUUACAUUUAAAGAUGAAUGUGCUAUUGCUUAUGUACAGUCUUUGAUGUAAUGUUUGCUUAACAAUUUUCAAUUUUUGUUACAUAAUGUACAUGUUUAGUGUGUUCCUCACAUUGAAUUUCAUUAUUUCACAAAUUUGUAAUUGCUUGGUUAUAUGAACACUGAACGUUUUUUAUUAUUGUUUUUAGAAAAUGGUGGAGUGGGACCAUAGACAUAGAGAAUGGAUAAAACCAAAACCUCACAACUGUAAUCUUGUGAUAAAACAUCAAUUCGCUUGUUUGUCUUUGUCAAAUUUUUGACUGUCUAUUGCAUAGUGAACAACAAAUGCUCAUUCUAUUUAUUCCCUAUGUCUAUGUCAUACAUAAGUUCAAGACUUUUUUUGUCUUGUGGUGGUAGAGUUUAAUUCAGCUGUGUGCUCUAAUUUAUAGGAUUCUAGUAAAUUCUAUUUAAUUAUGAUACUUCUUUAAACUAGAACAUAUUGUUAUUCAGUUAUUUUGAUUUUGGAUUUUGUUGAGUUGCCUAAAAUUCUAUGAAAUAAUCAUAAGAAUACUAACAUAGUAUUGAUAAUGCCUAUUUAAAAAAAAACAAUUGUUUGUUAUUGUAUUCAUAAAUUUAAUGUAAUAUCAUCCUUUAUAUUUUUCCUACUGGUAAUUUAUCAGUUAAAGUUAUGCAAUUUGUAAAAGCCUAUGUUGUAUUGGGAUUUGCAUUGUAAAAAUAAAACAUAUUAUAACUUUGCUUCUAUUAUUAUUUAAGUUUUGUUGGGAACAUAUUUUAAAGUAUUUCUAGUUAAUGAUGUGUAAUUAUUUGUGACGGAAUACAAUUACAAUAGAGAUAUUAAAA